AUGGAUACACCACUCGCCCAGGCGGAUGCUGUUCGCAGCGCCGUCUCUUCCGUCGCGACCUGCACCCCCGCGAUUUCAGUCUUGUUGAAGACCUUGUUGCUCCCCAGGGACGAAACAUCGACCGCCGACGAGCCCACCCCCCGACCUCCCUCCAAGACCGCGAACACGAACCGAUCGAGAACGAACACGGUUUCCAGAGCACCGUCACGACGUGCCAGACCCGCGCCCACACCAACACCAACACCAACUGCGGCGGAUAAUGGCCUGUCGGUGCGAGAAAAGGCGGCACUCGCAACACACGUCGUCAAUUGCACCCUCAAAGCUCUCGGAGAGGCUGCAAAACCCGCGUCGACCCCGACCCCUGCGACGCAACCUGUUCAAGAGGAUGGCCUGGCGAAGACGGCAGCCAAAAACGCGAUCCGGCGGUCAAAUUCAGCACCCAUGACGCCCCUACAACCCCGUGCGCUUAACAGGCAGUCCACCUCGCCUGUCGCUACGAGGCACGCCCGAUCGCCCUCGAGGUCAUCGAACACAACGAAUCUUCUCGCCACCGUUGAGUGUGCUCGCGUGGCCCUGGCUGCGCUCCGUCAGUUACCCGCCUCCGGGAAGAUCACCCUCCCAGAUCUUCAGCUUGAGUCUGGCAUGUCGGCUCUGGUCGGGAAGUUGCUCGGUCUAAACAUACAGGAGCAGGCUAUCAAAGAGCUGCGGAUUCUAAAAAGAAAGCUGGAGGGGCCUGUGUCUGCGGACGGAAAGAAGGGGGCCAAGCCCACCAGUGCUGAGCCCAAAAAUGCCGCACAGCUUUUCUCAGAGCUCCUUGACUUCGGCACCGUGACGGCCUCGGGACAACGGCUCAUGUUGGUGAUCACCACCCAGAUCCAAAUUUUGCGGGUUCUGGCAAUGGCGAAGAAGCCCUCAGCCAUCGAAGCGGUCCUGCCCUACCUCCGACAGGACCACGCCUCUUCGCCUGCCAACUUACUCCUUCUCGCGGCAAAGGAAGAUGGGGUCGACGUGGCCAAAAUUGCCCGACAAAUGGAAACGGUGGCACAGUGUCUGUUUUCCUUGACCCCCAGCGUGUCCAACAAAGACGACGCCUUGGGACAGGAGUCCCGGCUCAGCAUAUCACCUGCAUCCGCUCUCGAAUUACAAGCACUCGCGCUGGAGGUCCGGUUGCAUUGGUGGAAAUUGGCAAAGCACAAGGGAGACGCUGAGAAGGAUGUCAUGGUCCCUCUGUCAAGAUGCCUUAGUGCGUACAUCAGACGAACAUCCGAAACCUCCAAAUCCAGCUAUGCCGUUUGCUCAGAAAUCUUCAACCGAAUCUACCAGCAGCUUCAAAGCCACGGCUACUGCCCCUCGAAAGGAUCCAAGCUCCCCCUUGCUGGAAUAUGCCAGACCUUGGUAACCCUGGCGCGCGACGCCCAACAAAUAGCCGACGCUGUAAUGUGGGCAACCAAGCUGCGAGACGCCAUGGACCUGAAGGCCGAAUCGAUCGCGAAAACCUGCGCGGUUGCGGCCCAGCUGCUCUCUUUUCACCUCAAGCAGCCGGCGAAGUAUCUUUCUGACGAAUUGCUUCUCCAAGAAGUCGUCGCCGGUAUUCAGGGGCCGUUGCGGGGGGACACUACCGAACUAGACGAACUCCUGACCAACGUUUGCGCUGUUCGAAAGACGGCCAUGCAUCUUCUACUCACCCUCGCCAAGGGUGGCGAUAGCAUUUUCCAACCCUCGUCCGAGGCAAAGGAGCUUCUAGAAACCUUCAUCCUGCAAUGUCCGCGUUUCUGCCUCCGGUGGCUCGGGAAGCCCCCUGGACCGAAAGGCAGCACCAAGGAUUACCUACGAUACGAGCAACGACGGCAGCUUAUGUUGCAAUACCUUCAGCACAUCCUCGACUCGACAUUCAUGACCAUCAAGAAUAGCCUAGAUCAGUCACGGCUCUCUUGGGACCUUAUGGACGCUGUCCUCAGUGACUGCAACACCCUUUUGGAGUACACCGGAAACGCGGCCACAUCUAAUGCGUCUACAUCCUACUACGUAAAGAUUUCGCAUUUCUACUACUUACAAUACAGCGCCCUGCGACAGCAGUCUAGCGAUUCGAAAGACGUCGGGCCCUUGCGUGCCCUCAGGCGCUCCAUCGAAUGCGUGAAGGACCGAACGAGCGGCGAAAAGGAAAAAGCCCAGCUCACUUUGAAGUUGGAACGCAUGGCGGACCUCUGCAGAACGCUCGGCAGGGGAGAGGAGGCACUCGGUGCUCUUCAGAACAUCCGGACAAGCCUCCUGGAGGACGGUGUUUUGGCGUACGUUGCCAAAUCCCUCGCGACCGGAUCGCCCGCCGUUGUCUGGACCCGCGACGCAAAGGCCGAGGGCCUCUCACGCGCGCUGCUGGCAAUUUCGAAAAUGGAGCAGGUUUGGAUUGACUGGACCGUGGAUCUUGAAGAGCCUGAGCGCGCUGCGGCGUUGGAACACCGCCUGCGGUUCAUCUUGCUGAAGGAUGGAGCGAAAGAAGUCGACAUCACACUGGAGCAUCCUGUUGUCGACGCGCUGCUUCGGACCUAUAUCCCCACACGUUACCCGAUUCGUAGACUUAGGGUGCUUCUCGUUUUGCUUUGCUCGGCACUCGGUAACCUCGACAGGGCUCCCGAACUGCUCUCGGUCGCUAAGGACGCCGCGCAGCUCAAGGACACUGGCGGCCUCGGAGAGGACUCAGGGUUGGCGAGUUUUCUCCCGCAUAUGAAGGCCCUGUACAGCUCGCUGGCUGCCGCGGUGGAUGGCUACCGGGGUGAUCGGGCGCUUGAACGGUCCAUUUUCACUUGGCGGUCGAUUACCACAGCAUCUCAGGACAGGGCAGCCCUGGAGAAAACGAUCGAUGAUAUACCGGGCCUUUUGGAGUACCUUCAGUCCGUCGCCGACUUCCUCCGCAUGAAGGGCCGGGACACCAUGCUCGCAACGGUCCUUGAGCUCAUAGCCGACAUUGCGCGGGUGUCUGAGGGGCCGAAGGCUGAAGAGGUGGUCCAGCACAGUUCGUGCCUCGCUCUACAGUACACAAAUCUGGGCCAGUCGUCAAAGGCGGAGCUGGUGUUCCAGAAGGCGCUGGAACACAUCGGCGACGAACUGCGGAGUGAAGUCCUUGCCAACUUCCAUCUCUCCUUCACCGAGCAUCUUCUCGCGCUCAGCAAUUUCAGGCAAGCCGAGGACCACCUUACUCAGGCACAGCUCGCCUUCAAUGCCGAUGCGCCUCAGAAGCACACUCGGGCUGAGAGGAGGCGGCUCGUCGCACACGCCUAUUACCUGCACUCUCUCAUCGCUCUGGAACGCGGCGACUCUCACCACGCGCUCGCUUACUCCCGAGACAGCGUCCGCACCCUUUUCCAAGACUGGGCGAAGAUAGAGUCCCGGAUUGCGCCAAAGGCAUUGCCGGAACAGGGCCAAGUUGAAGACCAAACCAUUGAUGUGUCCGCAAUGACCCUCGGAGGGGACGCCCAACAGCAGAAUCCCGGACCCGAGUCUUGGAAGCUUUUCCACUGCCUAUACCGCAACGUCUUCCGCCUCUCCUCCAUGUACGCUCACCUAGGCAUGUUCCCAGAGACCAUGUACUACGCAGAGCAGGCGCUGAAAAUGGCUAAGACGGUCGAUUCCGAGUUCUACAACGCAGAGUGCGCCGCCUGGAUCGGAGCGGUUUCUUGGAGAGCCGCCAACGCUGAGAAGUCGCUCGAGAUGCUGCAAGAAGCUUCGGCUCUGCUCCCCGACGACAACCGCUCUUACUCUUCGGCUACGCUCGCCUGCCAAAUCAGCUCCAUGUACCUCUCCCAGAACGACUCCGAGGGGGCAGCGCUUCUGCUAGCAAAAGCCGAGGCGAUCGCGCAGAGCCUUGCUGUGGUCCCCGAAGUUGAGGCUCAGCCGGUUGAUACCGUGGUGGUUGAGAACAAGAUGGCGAAACUGAGCAUUGCACAGAAACCUGGCAGGGGCGGUCGUAAAGCCCCCGUGAAGAAGGCACCAGUCAAGAAAACGGCCAAAACCGCAGCGAAGGCAAAAGCAACAACAGCCAUCGUCACCGCUCCCCAGCUGAUGGCAAUCGAGGAGGACGCUCAGCUGGCUAAACUGCGGGCGUCGAUUCUUGUGCAAAAGGCCGUGUCCAUGCUACGACAAAAAGAAUGGGCGGCAGCUCAGGCAGCCCUCGUAGAAGCUACUGCUGCGUCGAAGGCGUCCGGACUUUUGCCCGCCAGACAAGUCGCCAUGGCGUCGUGCCUCAUGGGCAUAAGCAUGGAGCAGAUGGCACAAGAUCCUGUCUUUUCUGUCAUUCAGGAGUCGACCAUCUCCUUCCCCGCCCUCUCUGGUUCCGACAAGGCCUCGCCAGCUCGUGCGAAGCCUGCGUCACCUAAGAAAUCACGAGUUGCUGCCGCAAGCCCGGGACAAGUAGUCGUCAAGGAAGCCAACCCGGGGCUGUACGUCGACAACCUUCGCGAGGCCCACGAUUACCUUCUUGAGGCACACUCGGUGGCUGCCCUGACCGGAGAUGCCAGCCUAAUCCACAGGAUCUCGGGCAUGCUCCAGAACGUUAGUCUGUUUCUCACGGCCACGUCGGCCAAGACCAAGGCGGCCAUCCACUCCGCCCAGACGUCGUACUCGGUUGAGCUCGCUCGGAACCUCACAUGGCGUCGGGAACGAAAGGCCCUGAUCCAAGAGAAGAAUGCGGGCAAGAAUGACGGGCUUUCGUGGCCGUCGGCGCUUCAGUCCGCGAGCACGAGAAGGUCGAGUCUCGGAUUCACGCUCGACCUCCACAAGAUCCAGCGGGACUACAUCGACAUCGUCCCCAAGCCCUGGAACGUCAUCUCCAUCUCCCUCAGCGAGGGCAACCACGACCUCUGCAUCACCAAACUCCAAGCCGGCCAGAGUCCCUUUGUCAUCCGUCUGCCCCUCGAGCGGGCAAGCUCCCGCGAGGGAGACAGCGAUGCCUUUGACUUUCAGCAGGGCCGUUCCGAGCUGCUGGAGAUCAUCAAGCUGAUCAACAAGACGUGCCACGACUCCAGGGACAUGACUGCUAAGGGCGCCAAGGGUGCGUGGUGGGCAGAGCGGGAGGCUCUCGAUCAGCGACUGAAGGAGUUGCUCGGGAGCAUUGAGCAAAUUUGGCUCGGCGGGUUUAGAGGCAUCUUCUCGCAGCACGUCCGCCGUCCGGAGCUGCUGGCGACGUUCCAGAGGGAUUUCUUGGCUAUCUUAGACAAGCAUCUCCCUUCGCGGCGACAGGUGCGCGGGAAGAGGACCAAAGCGGCGCAAGGGCCCAAGGCUACGCUGGACAUGAACGUUCUGGAGCUGUUCGUCGGUCUAGGCGACAUCACCCAGCCGGACUGCGACUUUGACGACGAGCUCACGGACCUCCUCUACUUUGUUGUGGAUAUCCUGCAGUUCCACGGCGAGCGCAACGCCUACGACGAGAUCGACUUCGACUCGAUGGUGGUCGAGACCAUGGAUGCCCUCAACGCAUACCACUCGUCUACCCACGCAGCCGAGGACGCCCCCACCAACAUCCACACCAUCCUCCUCCUCGACAAAGCCCUGCACGUCUUCCCCUGGGAGUCACUCCCCUGCAUGCAAGGCCUCGCCGUCUCGCGCAUGCCCUCACUAGCCUGUCUCCGCCGCCUAAUCCUCGACCGCCGCCAACGCGCGGACGGCGAACCCACCACAACCACCACCACCACCAGCACCACCACCGCCCCCGCCCCAGACGGCCACCACGCCCCGCUCGCCGCAGGCGGCACCUACAUCCUCAACCCCUCCUCGGACCUAACCUCGACCCAAUCCACCUUCGCCCAACCCCUGGCCACGCAGCUCCCCCCGCAAACCUGGAAAUCCAUCACCAACCGCCCCCCGACAGAAACCGAAUUCGCCACCGCGCUCACCGCCUCCCACAUCCUCCUCUACUUCGGCCACGGGUCCGGCGCCCAGUACAUUCGCGCGCGCACCAUCCGCCGCCUCGACCGCUGCCGCGCCGCCGUGCUGCUCAUGGGCUGCUCGUCGGCCGCGCUGGCGGACCACGGGGAUUUCGAGCCCGCGGGCCCGGUGUGGAAUUAUAUGAUGGCCGGGUGUCCGGCCGUGGUGGGCACGCUGUGGGAUGUGACGGAUCGGGAUGUGGAUCGGUUUGCGGUGGGGGUGGUGGAGGAUCUGGUGGAGGCGGUUGCGAGGGCGAGGGAGAGGUGUAGGUUCCGGUUUGUUACUGCUGCGGCGGCGGUGGUGUAUGGGAUUCCUGUUUAUGUGGAGCGGUGA